CCUUUGGACAUGGACCAUUUCAAUAAUAUUAUCACGACUUUGGUCUUUUAUGUUUAUUUUUUCUCUUUAAUAAACUUUUUCCCCUUAAAGAGAGAAGCUUUACAGAUCAGAGGAGGGAUCCAAUGUCAAGAUUGAUCAAUCUCCCCUCUCUGUUCCCUUCCCCCUAAUCAAACACCAAUCCCUAAAUUGUUCUCUCCUUAUCCUCAAUCCUCUGUUCUCCUGCAUAAAGGUUGAAACUUUAUCGGAGAAAUGGCGACGAGAGGAUCCAGAUCGGAGAAAGUCAAGCGCAUCUUCCAGCAAUUCGACGGCAACCGCGACGGCGGCCUCAACCGCGAGGAGAUGGCGGCGCUCGUCGUGGCCGUGAACCCUAGGGUCAAAUUCAGCGACGAGCAGAUCAACGCCAUCCUCGACGAGGUCUUCCGAACCUACGCCGAGUUCAUCGAUCCCGCCAAGGGUUUGACCUACGACGGCCUCCUCCGAACCUACGACGACGGCGCCGGAGACGUCGACAGAGACUUCGACGCGCUGGGGCUCGAGCUCAACCCCGAGGAGACUAUCAUCACCAAAGGAGCCUCCGAAGCCUCCUCUUCCUCGAUUGCGGAUGAGAGAGCCGUGGAGGCGCAGAAGAAACAGAGGACGGCGGCGUGGGCGGUUUCGCCGAAUCACGGCAUCGUGUUUGAUGACACGUGGAAGUUAGUUGACGAUUUGGAGAUUUUAAUUAAGAGAUUGAAGUCUAAGCAGGAGAAAGUGAAUAAUAAUAGUAACAACAGUAACAACAAUAACGCUGACGCGUUUUCGGAUGCGGGAUGGUCUAGAGAGUUGGGUCCUUCCACGGAGCUCUCUGAUAAAAGAAUCUACUGGGAAGAGUCGAGUCAUGAUUAUAAUGUCUUUGUGAAGGAGCUGGGAGUGUUGAGAAGCAAAGCAGACGGAGCUAGAUCGAGAGAGGAAGCCUUCGACGGACACAUGGCGAUCGGUAGGGUCUUGUACGAGCACCAGCUCUUUAAAGAAGCGCUCGUCAGCUUCAAGAGAGCUUGCGAGCUCCAGCCUACUGAUGUCAGACCUCAUUUCAAAGCUGGGAACUGUCUCUACGUGUUGGGGAAGUGCAAAGAGUCUAAAGAAGAGUUUUUAUUAGCGUUGGAAGCUGCUGAGUCCGGCGGGAACCAAUGGGCUUACUUGCUUCCUCAGAUUUAUGUUAAUCUUGGGAUCUCUUUGGAAGGUGAAGGUAUGGUUUUGAGCGCUUGUGAGUAUUAUAGAGAAGCUGCGAUUCUCUGUCCCACGCAUUAUAGAGCGUUGAAGCUUCUAGGCAGCGCGUUGUUCGGUGUUGGUGAGUAUAGAGCUGCUGUAAAGGCCUUGGAGGAAGCUAUUUACUUGAAACCGGAUUACGCAGACGCUCAUUGCGAUUUAGGUUCUUCGUUGCAUUCGAUGGGGGAAGAUGAGAGAGCUAUUGAGGUUUUCCAGAGGGCUAUAGACUUGAAGCCUGGCCAUGUUGAUGCUUUGUAUAACCUCGGCGGGCUUUACAUGGAUCUAGGUAGGUUUCAGCGAGCUUCCGAGAUGUACACUAGGGUGUUGGCGGUUUGGCCUAACCAUUGGCGCGCUCAGCUCAAUAAAGCGGUGUCUCUGCUAGGCGCUGGAGAGACGGAGGAAGCUAAACGGGCCCUUAAGGAGGCCUUGAAGCUGACGAACCGUGUUGAGUUACAUGAUGCUGUAUCUCAUUUAAAGCAUUUGCAGAAGAAGAAGAAAGGUAAGAAGAAUGGUAGUGGUAACGGAGGAGAAGGUGGUCCGUUUAUCGUCGUGGAGGCUUCCAAGUUCAAGACCGUUGGUGAGAAGACGACUCUGAGGCCGGACUUAGCCACUGCUCUUCAGGUUAGAGCCUUUCAGAAGGUGACUAGGCUCGGGAAAUGCGACGUGGAGGGUGUGAGGAAGGAGAUGAGAGACAACGACGUUCCUGUGUCGUACUCAGGAAGCGGCGGGCCGACUAAAUCGAUCAGGAAACCGAAUCUUGAGGAGAUUCUCCGGCGUCUGCUUGUAUCAUUGAAGCCUGAGACGUUCCAGGGAGCUAUUAAGGCUAUCAACGAGAGGAUCCUCUCGGUUCUUGAUGAUUCAGGGUCUGGGAGAGUAGACAUGGGUAUGUUCUACGCGGUGAUUGCUCCUCUAUGCGGUGGACAUUCAGACAAACGCAAGAGAGUUGCGUUCGAGGCGCUUCUAUGGAGACCGGUGAACGAAGGAAGCUCACAGAUAACCAAAACUGAUGCAGACAAGUACAUCAAGCUCUUGAGAGCUAUCUACAUUCCGUCGCACGGGAUGAGCGAGAUGCUGGAAGUUCACGGGGAAGAGGAAGCUGGUUCCUCCGUGACGGUGACGUUUAAUCAGUUUCUAGCUAUGUUUGAUGAUCCUGACUGGGGGUUUGGUAUCAUGUCCACGAUACUUAAACUGGAGGGCAACGAUAGAAACCGGCAUGGGAACCAUGUGUGUUCGGUUUGUCGGUAUCCGAUCAUUGGGUCUCGGUUUAAGGAAGUGAAAGCCCGGUUUAGUUUGUGUAACCAGUGUUACAGUGAAGGGAAGGUUCCGCCUUCGUUUAAACAGGAGGAGUACAGGUUCAGAGAGUAUGGGAGUGAAGCUGAAGCCAUGAAAGCUAAGUGUGUUUGUUUCUCAGGGCAGUCUCAUAAGAAACCGAUAGCCGCUUGAAAGAAAAACUAACUCUGUCACGUUUUCAUUCGAAUGUUUUGUAACCUUUUUUUUGUUAGAACUUGUGUGUGCAUAGUUUUGAACUUUGGAAGUGUAUGAUGAUGAUGUUGAGAGUGUGCAAGAGAUUUACAACAUUUUA